AAGGUAGGCGGAUUGUAUGAUAAUCGGUGUUUGGGCGGGGGCUCUAUUGAUUUAAAUCUGUUGUGCCGGUGCGCGUGUCAGUAAUAAAGGUGGUUACCGUUUAUUAUAGAAGACGACACGAAACGACACGAAGCAGCCGGAAGUUGGAAAAUAUAUUAUAAAGUGAAACAGUAUCUUUUUUUGUCUUGUGUUUUCUUCCAUCAUAUUUUGAGACACGUUCAUUAAACAUGUCGAACAAAAUAAACACAAUUACUUCGACGAUAUCAGAAAAUAAAUCAGAAUCUACUGUUCCAAAAAACAGGCAAGACGUUUUGAAGUGGAAUGGUUGGGGUUAUAAAGAUUCACAAUUUUGCCUUAAUGACAACAAUAUUAUCGAAUUUAUCGGUGACAGAUAUCCCAUUAGUAAUCACAAGCUGCCAUAUUUCACUCAAUGGGUUAAAGAUGUAUUCAAUGUGGACUUCAAUUUGAAAAUCACAUCACAAGAUAUACCAACAGAUUUCCCAGAGUCAAUUAUUUCAACAGAAUUAUUGGAUUCUAUCAAUAGGCUCAAUAUCGAUCAUUCAUUGAAAGGAAUAGAUCGAUUAAUCAGAGCACAUGGUCACACUUUAAGAGAAAUCUUUGUUCUUAGAUAUGGAAUGUUUAAAAGAAUACCAGAUAUCAUUCUUUGGCCAAAAUGUCACGAAGAUGUUGUCAAGAUUGUGAAAAUUUGUGCGGAAUAUCAAGCUGUUUGUAUCCCUUUCGGUGGUGGAACUAGCGUUAGCGGUGCUGCUUGGUGUCCAACGACAGAACGUCGAACGAUAAUUUCAUUAGAUACCACACAAAUGAAUAAAAUAUUAUGGAUUGACAAAGAAAAUUUAAUAGCUUGUGCGCAAGCUGGUAUCAUUGGUCAAGAUCUAGAACGUUUAUUACGUAAACAAGGUCUAACCUCUGGUCACGAACCAGAUUCUUACGAGUUCUCAAGUCUAGGUGGAUGGGUAGCAACUAGAGCCAGUGGUAUGAAAAAAAAUACUUAUGGAAAUAUCGAAGAUUUAAUCAUACGUGUCCGAAUGGUCACUGGUCGAACCGAAGAUCUUGAAAUUACUUUGGAACGAGGAUCGUUAGUACCUCGUUCAUCUUGCGGACCAAACUUUGAUCAUAUAAUACUUGGUAGUGAAGGUACUUUGGGCUGUAUUACAGAAGUUAUUUUUAAAGUCCGUCCUUUACCAAGGGUAACCAAAUAUGGAAGUAUAGUUUUCCCCGACUUUCAAAGUGGAUUCUUGGCAAUGAGAAUGAUAGCUAAAGAACGUUGUCAGCCAUCAAGUAUACGACUAAUGGACAACGAUCAAUUUCAGUUUGGUCAGGUGUUACGUCCGGAAUCAAGUUGGAGUAGUUCGAUACUAGACAGUCUAAAACAUGCAUAUAUCACAAGAAUAAAGUGUUUUAAGUGGGAUAGGAUUUGCGUAGCUACGCUUCUCUUUGAAGGGAACACUUCGGAGGAGGUUACAGCUCAAGAGAAAAAGAUUUAUAAUAUUGCUAAAUUUUAUAAUGGUAUACCUGCUGGAGAAACGAAUGGCGAACGUGGCUACACUUUGACUUUCGUUAUUGCAUAUAUACGUGAUCUUGGCUUGGAGUAUGGUAUUGUGUCAGAAUCCUUUGAGACAUCGGUUGCUUGGAAUCGUACUUAUUCCUUGUGCUGUAAUGUUAAAUCUCGAGUAGCCAAAGAAUGUUAUGCUCGAGAUAUAAAACACUUUAUGAUAUCUUAUCGCAUAACUCAAACCUAUGAUGCAGGCUGUUGUGUCUAUUUUUAUAUGGCGUUAAAUUAUAUUGGUCUGGAAGAUCCUAUAGGAUCUUACGAAAAGAUCGAAGAAGCAGCUAGAGAAGAAAUAUUAGCUAGUGGAGGCUCUUUAUCUCAUCAUCACGGUGUUGGUAAAUUAAGAGCUUCAUAUUAUUCAGAAGCUGUUGGACAAGCAGGUGUUUCUCUUUACCGUGCCGCCAAAGCUCAUCUAGAUCCGUACAAUAUAUUUGCCUCGAGAAAUCUAGAUCCUGAUUAUAAAAGUAAACUAUAAUAUUGAUAUAUUAUUUUAAUCAAAUAAUCGUAUGGAAUUUAAAAGAGAAUUGUCGUAAGCACACGAAAUAAUAUAUCGAUCAUGACAGUGCCCAUUAAUUAGCAAGACAUAUUUCGUGAUAUAAUAAAAAUAUAAAACGCCCGUGAUGAUACCAGAGAGAAAAAAAACAAAGCAAAUAAUUAAAGAUAGAGAAUUGUAAGCGUUGUUUCUCUCUGACGAUAGAAAGUAAUAAGGUUGUAUAAAGAGUUAGCAAUCAUAAUUGUUGUAUAAUUGUACGGACUUAGUGUACAAUAUAUAAAUAAUAAUAAUUACGCCUACUGGUGUUACGUGGUAGUACAAAUACGAAAUUAUAUAUAUAUAUGUAUAUAUAUACAUAUAUAUAUAUAAUUGUAUUGAGAUUUUUAUAAAUUAAUAUAAAUAAACUAAAAAUUUACUUAUCUUGUUACAUAAUAAUCAAUACAAUCAUUUUAUAACUUACGUCACUAUGUCCGUAUCGUUUUAUUUAAAAAAAGACAACGUUUACUAUUAUACUUAAGUUGAUCUAUUUUCGAGAUCGAUUAUUAAUUAAUUACUCGAUCAUUUGACAUGGCCUAUACGAUAAUGCUUUCUCUCACUCUCUCCCAUGAUAGAUCUCCUUUUAUAUUUUAUAUACAAUUUCUAAUAAUUGUACUUUUAAAUAUAUAAUAUAUUCAACGAUGAACGAUUCAUCGGAGGUAUAUAUAACAUGCUGUUGCUGUUGCUGUUACUGUUGCUGUCGCUGUUGCUGUUGCUGUUGCUAUUGCUAAUGCUGUUGCUGUUGCUGUUGCUGUUGUUACUGUUGCUGUUACUUAUUGGCAAUCAGCCUUUAAAGUCGAUAAAAAUGUAUCGAGAUCAUAUUCGUCAUCAUACUGUUGUUGCUCCCAAAGUUCGGGUAAUAUCUCAAGUACUGAACGAUUAACACCUUGUACGCACGGAACUUUAGAUAUUCCAAUAUUUUCUUGACUCUCAGAUUUUUUUCCUUUACCAUUGUCCAAAGAGAAUAAGUCAAGUAACUGUAAAAUAGAAUUUAAUAUUGUAGAUUAAAAAAGAAAAAAAAUGGAAAGAAAAAAUAAGGGAUCGACAAGUUUAUACCUGAUCAGUAGCCAUAGUCUCCAGAGAAGCAUUUUCUGUAGAAAUCACUGUAUUGGCAGUAAGUAAUUUAAACUUUUGUAACCCCAUAAUUUUUUCCUCUACCGUAGACCUAGUAAUAAGACGAUAAACAUUGACUACUUUUUUCUGACCAAUACGAUGAGCUCGAUCCAUAGCCUGAAGAUCUUUCAUAGGAUUCCAAUCAUGUUCAACGAAGAUCACGGUAUCAGCACCGGUCAAAUUUAAUCCUAAACCACCAACUUGAGUCGUUAAUAAUAAAACGUCUAUCGAAGGAUCAGCAUUAAAACGUGCAACAACGGAAUGCCUUUGAGUAGCUGGUACACUUCCAUCAAGACGUAAAUAUGUGACAGUCGGUAGAUGAGUUCUAAGCAGGUCUUUUUCUACGAUAUCAAGCAUUGCUUUUAAUUGGCAAAAUAUAAGAACACGGUGUUGGCUAACUAAUUGUUGCUGAGUGUGUUGAUUGUCACUAGUAGUACUAGCUGAUGAAUUUCUACUCUGUUGAGAUUGUCCGAUACCACAGUCUAGUAAUAAUUGUUUUAAAGCUGGUAACUUUGCUCCAUGUUCGAUAUCAGCUAAUGUAGUUUGCUGUUGUUUCAAUGUAUUGCAUACCUAAUAAUGAAGAUUACAAUGAGAGUAAUCAAAAUGAAUAAUAAUGAAGAUUUUAUUCAUUAACAUGCUAUUACUCACUGUUUGAUACAGAGGAUGUUUUGGACUUAACACUAGCUUAGGAUGAUUACAGACAUUACGCAAGUAACGUAUUGCUUCAAAGACAUGACCACCAUGAGGAUCACUUGCAGAUGCACAUGAAACGUUAGUGAUAAAGGCAGCAGAAUGUCGUGUACGAAAAUCUUCAUAAAGAUUACGUUGUAAGGGCGAAAGAUCGCAAUAGUAAUCUUGCGUGAUUUUAGGUGGUAAAUCUUGAAGAACAUCUUCUUUGUUUCGUCUUAAUAAAAAUGGUAAUACCUAACAAUAUAUUAAAAUUUAUAUCACAUA